GGGCGCCGGAGCCGGGCUCCCCAGCUCCCGGGACGCUCGGGAAGAGGCGGGCCCGGCGCCCUGCGCUCUGCGCUCGCCAUGGCCGCCGCGGCGGCGACCUGAGGGCUCGGCGAACCCCAUCAGGGGCCGGGCCGCCGAGGCUAGACCGCUGCUGCGCCCAGCGCCCCGGGCCAUGCGGCCGCCGGCGCCCCCAGGGCUGUGGCUGCUGCUGCCGCUGCUGCCGCCGCUGCUCAGCUGCCUGCGCGCCGCGGCGCCCCCGCCAGACUCCCUUUCCCAGCUGGCUGCUCCUCAGCACCCGAAGAUUCGCCUGUACAAUUUGGAACAGGUUCUGAGUUGGGAGUCACCGUUCCCAGUCAAUGACACCAGACCAGUUGUCUACAGCGUUCAGUAUAAAUACGCCGUUGGUGAAUGGUAUGAUGUCCAUAUGGUGAAUUGUACUCAGAUCACAGCGACAGAGUGUGACUUCACUGCAGCCGGCCUUUCGAAGGGCUUCCCGUUGUAUUUCAACGUCACCUUACGUCUUCGAGCAGAGCUGGGAGAACUCGUUUCUGCCUGGGUAACCAUGCCUUGGUUUCAACACUAUCGGAACGUUACUGUCGGGCCUCCAAAACACAUCAUGGUGACCCCACGAGAAGGGACCCUGGUCAUUGCUGUCUCCCCUCCCUUUGAAGUUGAUACCUCCAUGGUCACUUUUUUGUAUACUGUCUAUUAUGAGGAGAAACCAGGAAUGCAACAGGUUAAAGGCCCUUUACAGAGCAACUUUAUUUUGUUGGAUAAUCUGAAGCCCUUCCGAAUAUACUGUUUACAAGUUGAAGCCCAGCUGUUCUGGAAUACACAAAAUAUCAUCAGACAUGGGCAGUUGAGCAACACAUCUUGCUACGAAACAACAGCAGAUGCCCACGCCAAGCAACAGCAAGUCAUCGGGAUCUCUGUGGGAACCCUUUUGUCGCUGUUGCUCCUGGCAGGGGCCUGUUUCUUCCUGGUCCUGAAAUAUGGAAGCGUGGUUAAAUACUUGUUUCGCACCCCGCCAAGCAUCCCGGCACAGAUAGAGGAGUACUUAAAAGACCCAGUUCAGCCCAUCUUAGAGGCCUUGGACAAGGACAUCUCACAAAAGGAUGACACCUGGAACUCUGUGUCCAUCAUUUCGUUUCCAGAAAAGGAGCGAGAAGAUGUUCUCUAAAUGCUUUGAAUCAAAGCACCAGUCCAGCCCACGGACCUCCGGCACCAGCACAUUGAGCAGGGAAACAGCUCGGACCUCACCGAGAACAGCACUUGGGACUCCCUCCCCAGAGGCCUCCAGCACCCAGCAGGGGAUAAUGGGUCUCCUGGGGAGGCAAGCUUAUGGCUUUUAAGAAUUUUCUGAAUCAUACAAGUUUCUAGAGUGAUUCUACAGGAAUAUCUCAGAAAAAUUAAGCCUUCUCUUAAACACUAAAAAAGCAGGUCAUUAUCCGAAACCUGGCCCUCACACACCCGUCGUGUUCUUUUCACUACUGGUUGGGCCGGCCGCCAGUCUUCUCCUUAACUCUAGUUGGGCAAAUGAGUUGUCCGGACUGUCACAGUGAGAGACCCUUAGCAGGCUUUCAUGUCUUGACUGCUGGCUUAAAAUGUGAUUGAUCCUGUAAAUAUAUUCCUAAUAAUUUAAGUGUUUGGGUUUUUUUUUAAGCUGGAAAUAAAAAGAUU